AUGCGUAUCCACCACACCCUGCUCGUUACUGCGAUCGCCCUCCUUGCUGUCCUGUCGGUUGAAGUCGAUGCUGAAUCAAGGACCCUUCGAUCACUCAAGACGAUAAAGGGCGAAGACGCGGCAGGAGAAGAGCGUGCUGGCAUUCCUGCCAUUCCUGCAUUUACGCACACGUUCAACUUUAACGCGCUUGACGAAAUCGGUUUCCUUAUCAAGAACUUGCCGGAACAAUUUCAGAGAAUGAGGACUCAGCCUGAACGUCUACGAACCGUUCUCGGGGGGUGGUACGAUGAUCUCCAGUCCGUUAAACAGGUCGUCGCCUUCAUGACGAAAGAGGGACUGAGUGAGAAGGCAAUUGAAGAGUUUGUGGCAGCAUAUAAAGCCUAUAUUGCCUACGCACAGGCUCAUGGCAUUAAGCCGGCUGCUCUAACCUUACAUACAUGA